AUGCGAUUCGAAAUACCUAUCCUCGUCGCUCUCACCGCUGGUGGAAGUAUAGUCUCCGCCAUUAAGCUUCCUUUGACCUACUGCGUCCAGGUAAUCCCCGAGGUUAUCAGUGGCCUCAACCCGGACAGAAUCUAUGAACACGCAAGAACCAAAGUAUGUAGCGCCGGAUGCGUAGUCAAGGUGUCCGACUACCAGAGCAAAGGGCGUGAAAUGGGCAUACAGAUCAUCGACGAGCAGUCAAAGGAGAUGGGCGCUCCUGAACUGAGCUCGGAGUAUACCAAAGUACUCGAUUCCAUUUACAACACGGCUUUGGAAAAGUGUGAAGCUAAGCAGCUUGGAGAGACCAACAUUUGCGAUGUGGACCCUGCGCAAGGAAGAAAGAUCGGGCAAUGCGUGAAGCGCAACAUGUUGAGCAUUGUGUUCGACCAACCUGAGGCCUUUUGGUCGAUUCUCACGACAAAGUGUGAGGAGCAGUACCGGUUCUUUUCCAAUGAAGAUUUGUGGGAGAUAAAGUUUCCACAGUACCUGGAGAAGUUUGCUAGAGAACGAUGCUGA